UGUUUUCUCUAGACGAAGAGUUUUAGGAUUUCCUCUAUAAAUAAAAUCCUCAAAAAAUUUGUAACAUAAAUAAACGUUGUACUGACACGAAAAAACAUGUAUCAGGAUUAGAUUGGUCAAAAAGAUUAGAUUGAGGUGUGUUCCUUGUUAGCAGCCACAGAUGAUAAGGCAAUGGCUACUUCUUCUCCCCUCACUCUCCAACUCCAACAAUCUUUCUGUUUCUCUCAUUCACUCAGACAUACUCUACUCUCAAAUUAUGAUUAUGAAUCCUUCCCUUCCACAACCACCACAAGAAAACUUACUGCAAUUCAAUGUUCUUCACACAACUCUCCAGUUGAAACCACCACCAAAAACUCAGUAAGAAGGGUUUCCAACAAAACCACUUCUCCUUCUUCAUCUCAUACUGACAAAAGGGUUUCUUUGGAAUCAAAAUCAGUUAACAGUACUACCAGUUACAAGGUUGUUGAGAAAAAGAAGAAUAAUGAAAAUGAAACUAAAAAUGUUGUGGAGAAGAAGAAUACUAAUACGAAGAAGAAGAAGAUUAAGGACACCCCACAAGUUAAAUUGCAGUAUUCUUUGGAUAUGUGUUCUAAAAGAGGUGAUUUAAAGGGAGCUUUAUCUUUAUAUGAUUCAACAAUUUCUCAAGGUGUUAAAUUGUCACAACGCCAUUAUACUGUUCUUUUGUAUCUUUGUUCUUCUGCAGCUAUUGGUGUUCUUCAACCCGCGAAAAGUGGAAGUCGUACUAGAACGUUAAACGCACAAGUCGCGGUAGAUAUAAAUGACAAUGAUGAUGAUGAUGAUGAUAGAUAUGGUAGUGAUAAUAAUGAUAAUACAUUGUUGGAUAAUUCGGUUUCAGUUUCACAUAGUGAUGAUGACAGUGACAAUGACAUGGAUAAGGACAAGAGGAAUGCUAUUUUGGUGAGUGAGGAUGUUAAGAAACAUGCACUUCAGAGAGGAUUUGAAGUGUAUGAGAAUAUGUGUUUGAAUAAGGUUGAAAUGAAUGAAGCAGCAUUGACAUCUGUGGCAAGAAUGGCCAUGGCAAUGGGCGACGGCGACAUGGCUUUUGAGAUGGUUAAACAAAUGAAGAUUUUAGGGAUAAAUCCUAGGUUAAGGUCUUAUGGUCCUGCUUUAUCUACUUAUUGUAAUAAUAAAGAAAUAGAUAAAGCAUUUGAUGUUGAAAACCACAUGUUGGAACAUGGUGUAUACCCUGAAGAGCCUGAGUUAGAAGCACUCUUGAGAGUAAGCAUGAGAGCUGGUAAGAGUGAUAGGGUCUAUUAUGUGUUGCAUAAACUAAGAAGUAGUGUGAGAAAAGUCUCAACUUUUACUGCAGAUUUGAUUCUUGAUUGGUUUAAGAGCAAAAUGGCUUCAAGAGUUGGGAGAAGAAAAUGGGAUAAAGGAUUGAUAAUGGAAGCAAUGGAAAAUAAUGGUGGAGGUUGGCAUGGGAUAGGUUGGUUAGGUAAGGGGAAAUGGCAAGUUCUUCAUACUAGUGUUGGAAAUGAUGGAAUGUGUAAAUGUUGUGGGGUGCAAUUAGCUACUAUUGAUCUUGAUCCUGUUGAAACUGAGAAUUUUGCUAAGUCAGUUGCAUCCAUUGCUAUAAGUAAAGAGAAAAAUUCCAACUUCCAGACAUUUCAAAAAUGGCUUGACUACUAUGGACCUUUUGAAGCAGUGAUAGAUGCUGCAAAUGUAGGUCUUUUCAGCCAAGGGAAGUUCAUGCCAUCCAAGAUCAAUGCUGUUGUCAAUGAAAUGCGCCACAAACUCCCUUCAAAGAAGUUUCCGCUUAUUGUUUUACAUCAUAGGCGUAUCAAAGGGGAUAAAAGGGAUGGACCAAUCAACAAGGCAUUGGUUGAUAGAUGGAAUAAUGCCGCUGCACUCUAUGCGACACCUACCGGAUCAAACGAUGAUUGGUACUGGUUGUAUGCAGCUAUAAAAUUUAAAUGCUUACUUGUUACGAAUGAUGAGAUGAGAGAUCAUUUGUUUCAACUUCUCGGAAAUGACUUCUUCCCCAAGUGGAAAGAAAGGCAUCAGGUACGCUUCGGUUUCUCUGAUGCCGGUCUUGGGUUUUACAUGCCGCCUCCUUGUUCUGUUGUUAUUCAGGAAUCAGAAGAAGGCCACUGGCAUAUUCCAAUUGAAGCCGAACUUAACGAUGAAGCGGAUAGAAGAUGGUUGUGCAUCACACGGGCUAAAUUGGACAUGGUUAGCAAAGAUUCUUCAACAACAUUUAAAGAUGAGAAACCUCGGAAAAAUGGAGCACGUGCAGACUCAGUUGCUAGAAAUGAGUCUGCAAAGGAGUUGCAAUAUCAGACUAUUGUGAAUCACAAGGAUAUGAAAGAAACAUCUCAACAAUUAUACAAAAAUCUCAGAUCAUAACUCCAUAUUUAUCCGAACAUGAGGCAGUAGAGUUGAUUGCUCGCUCCAAUUUAGUUUUACAUUGCACGGAGAAAUACAAAAGCUAAUGUUCUACUUCUACAAUGCUUACUUUGUAAAGUAAGCGUUGUUUAAACUUUUAAAGUGCUUAUGUGGAAGACCAUCAAUGCACACAAAUGCUUAUAACCGGCGUAGGGUUGCUCGAUAGAACUCAGAAGAAAGGAAGAAAAGGUUCUAUCAUGUCAUCAAUGGGAACCAUUGAUUCCAUGUUAAUCAGUGUAACCAGUGCAUUUGGUUAAGAAUCAAGCAGAACUUAAAUUUGUCUGUUGUUAUUUUCCAUAUUUUACCUAUUCCUUCGUUAGUAUAGUAUUUUCUUAGGAAAACUUGAUAUGCAUGUUGUAGAGUGAGUUUUUUUUGGAUAAAAGAGGAGACACUAGACUUGUUUGAAUUGA